UAAAUGAAGAGACAAUCAAAACAGUAAACUUGUCAGAAUCUGUCACUUUAGACACUGGUCUUACUGAAGUAUACAUAUUGGAUUGGAUACGGUGGAUGUUUGAAGAUAUGUAUGUAGCUCGAUGCAUUGGCACUUCUGAAUCUACAUUUGCGGUAGAUCAGACCAAAUUAAACGACAGACUGAUGAUUAACCAUCAGAACGGAGAUCUUACCAUCACAAACAUCAAAAUUGAACACACUGGAGUUUAUAAAGUCGAGAUAUAUACCAGCAGUGGCAUCAAAGAAAAAACAUUCACUGUUGCCUUGAAUGUGCGAGCUAUGAAGGGAAGAUCUGUUCUUCUACGUACUGAAGUUAAAAUACAACAAGGUGAUGUUGUGGAGUGGACCUCAAAAGAUAAAAGCACUCUGAUAACUGGAAUGAAUGGAGACGAAAGCAAGACUUCAUAUACAAAUGAUGAGAGAUUCAGAGACAGACUGAAGAUGAACGCUCAGACUGGAGAUCUCACCAUCACAGAUCUCACACAGACAGAUGAAGGAGUUUAUAAACUAAAGCUGUUCAAAGCUGAUGGAAAAAUCACAUACAGAAUAUUUAAUGUUGAAGUCACUGAAUCAGCAGGUGUCAGUGAUGAAUCAAUGACGGUUACAAUACCUUUACUGGAACAAGCACCUGAUACACCCCUUCGCCCAGGCCGUUUGCAGAGGUUCUUUUUUAAGUAAUUCUAAUUGAUUUGUCACACACGGGACCUCCCAGGUCCUGUUUUUUGACUGCUUCACUGAUCAAACAGUGGCAAAUAAAAAAUACGGCCAAUGGAAACGCAUUUCAUUGACUAUAUUUUCAAUUUGCAAUGUCAAUUUGCGCAAUUUAAAGGGUAAUGGAAGCGCAGCUACUGACUGAUACAACAGGCUUGUUUGAUGUGGUGCCACAAAAACCGAGGCACAGACAACAUCAAAAUCCCACGAUUUGAAGAAUCAUACAGAGGAGACUGCUUUUGAAAUGCUCUUGCAGUACUUUGAUGUCAUCCACUUAUCAAUUUUUGCAGCAACACAAGCAGGAACAGCAGGGUCAUGUUCAAGCUCAAACCGGUGCGCAACAUUUUAUGCACAACAUGAUAUAUUAAAAAGACAACUGGCAAAAACUCUUCAAAAACAACCCAAAUAAUUGAUUUCUGAGCUGUCAUACUUGCAACUCUUGCAUCAUCAGAACAGGAUGUUCAAUGCAUCACCGUUAAUGUUUAUGUUUAAUGUAAACGUAGCCCAGCAGUGAUCAUGACACUUGAGAAUGAUCUCCAACAUCUUUUAUCCAAUCACAGACCCCUCAAGCACAAUCAGUAUAUGUUUAAAUAAUAUGAUUUUAUGUUUUCUUUUUUAUAUAAAGGGUCAUUUAGCUCAAUUAGCUUUUUGCCUCCCUAUGUCAAAUCGCUUAUACUAUUUCCUAAUCUUUCUAAGUUGCUUUGGUUAAAAUGGUCUGGUAAAUGUAAAUGUAAUGUAAAGUCAUGGUUACAAUCAGCUUUGUUAUUACCAUCAUUUAUUAAAAUAUCUUAUUUUGUGUUCAUCAGAUAAAAGAAAUUCAUACAGGUUAAAAACAACAUAAGGAUGAGAAAAUUAAGACUUUGAAUGAUUUUUAUUUUUGGGUGAACUAUCCCUUUAAUAACUGCUUUCUGUUAAAAUAAUUCAUGUAUUAUUGAUGUUUUCUGGUGUGCAGUUGUACAGAGACUUUGUUGACAUAUUUUGUGCUUUAUUAUUCACCACACAUUCACAUUUGAAGAGACGACAGGACUGCAAAAACAGCCAAAUUCCAGUUUUUUACUU